AUGGCGCUGGGCCACGACGUCGUGCAAUAUCUCACCCAUAGAUAUCUUCUUCACAGUUCUAAUAAGAAAAUGAUGCGGCUGUUACGCCACUCAGUACACCACACGACAACGGCCAGCCGGGGAAUAAGUGCCUGCUACAUGAGCUCGGGGGACUUCUUUCUCGAGAUUAUUCUUCCAUAUCUUGUUCCACUCAUUCUCGUGGGCGGUGGCGGUGUCGACAUCCGUUUCCACUACCUCGUUGCAGGCCUUGGGUCUAUGGGUGGCGUAUACGAGCAUUCAGGAUAUGACUUCGGUGUGCUACUGCAAUCUUUGGGCGAACAGUCAAAUUCGAUGGAUAAGGCCAAGGAUUCCAAGUUACAUGUUCCACUCUCCCUAACCUGGAUAUUGGGUGGGAUUCUAGAUAAUCGCUCCCAUGGAGAGCAUCACGCGCAGGCCAAUGUUUCGUUUGCAGAUGGAUUCGGAAGUCCUGGAAUCUGUGAUACACUAUUUGGGACACGGUUCAACUUGUCCCAGGGGAAGCGGGCAUUGAGAGAUAAAGAGUAG